CCCGACUUGCUUCCUGGCAGCGCUAUAUAAGGGCGGCCCAGCCCGCAUGACCCGGCUGUCCCGAGCCCGGGGCGAGCGCUGUGCGGGCGGUAGCGUUCCGGGGGCUGCGUGACGUGACGUAACGUGACGUGGCAUCUGUUGUCCCCUCGACUGCAGGCAAAUGUGCAAUACCGAGAUGACCUCCCUGACGGACGGCUCUCCUGUCAGCGCCUCGGAGCAGGAGGCUCUGGUUAAACCAAAGCCACUGUUGUUGAAGCUGUUGAAGUUAGCUGGUGCAGAAAAAGAGACUUUUACUAUGAAGGAGGUAAUAUUCUAUCUUGGACAAUAUAUUAUGUCUAAACAGUUAUACGAUGAAAAAGAGCAACAUAUUGUGCACUGUGCAAAUGAUCUUCUUGGGGAUUUAUUUGGAGUAACAAGCUUUUCAGUAAAAGAACACAGGAGAAUAUAUUCCAUGAUUUCCAGAAAUCUGAUAGCAAUCAGUCAACAAGAUUCUACACUGGCUGUUCCACCUGAGGACGAUGCCAAAUUUCGGCUUGAAAAAGAAACUGUACUAAAGGAAUCCAUGCAAGAGGUAGAAGAGAAGGAGGCUUCAUCAAAUGCAAUUUCCCAGCCAACCACAUCUUCUAGGAGGAGAACACACAGUGAAUCUGAAAAUUCUUCAGAUGAUCUGCAUAGUGACAGAAGAAAACGUCAUAAGUCGGACAGCAUCUCGUUGACCUUUGAUGAAAGUCUCUCAUGGUGUGUAGUCAGCGGGCUGUGCCGUGACAGAAGCAACAGCAGUGAUUCUACAGAUUCUGUUUCCAUUCCUGAUCUUGAUGCCAGUUCGCUAAGUGGUUCUGUUUCAGACCAGUUUAGUGUAGAGUUUGAAGUUGAAUCUAUUUAUUCAGAAGACUAUAGCCAUAAUGAAGAAGGACAGGAGCUCACAGAUGAAGAUGAUGAGGUGUAUCAGCUGACUAUAUAUCAAGAUGAAGAUAGUGAUUCUGAUUCAUUCAAUGAAGAUCCAGAGAUUUCUCUAGCUGACUAUUGGAAGUGCCCUGAAUGUAGUGAAAUGAAUCCUCCGCUUCCACGACAUUGCCACAGAUGUUGGGCCCUCCGCGAGGACUGGCUUCCUGAUGAGAAGAGCGAUAAAUUGGUGAAGAGCAAAUUAGAAGGUUCUUUCCACCUGGAAUCUGACGAAGGUUUUGAUGUUCCUGACUGUAAGAAAGUGAAAACGAAUGAAGAUAAAGAACCUGCUGUGGAGGAGAACGAAGAUAAAGCAGUACAGAUAUCUGAGUCCCAGGAAAGCGAAGAUUAUUCUCAGCCAUCUACGUCUAGCAGCGUGUUUUGCAGCAGCCAGGAGGACUUCAAGGAACCUGAGAAGAAAGAAAUGAAAGACAGAGAGGAAGGUAUGGAGUCCAGUCUGCCUGUUAGCAGCAUAGAGCCCUGUGUCAUAUGCCAAAGCAGGCCAAAAAAUGGCUGCAUAGUACAUGGCAAAACAGGGCAUCUCAUGUCGUGUUUUACGUGUGCAAGAAAACUGAAGAAGAGGAACAAACCCUGCCCGGUGUGCAGGCAGCCCAUCCAAAUGAUUGUACUCACUUAUUUUGGCUAGGGCGAUGGAAAGCAACAAAAGGAACUCAUGAACUGGUAUAGCAAAUAAGAGAGUAAGAAAUUAUUUUUAUAUGCUUAUUGCAGAUGAAUAUUUUGGGUGUCUUCACGUUUGUUAUGAAAAGUCAUUGCUGAAGUAAAUGCACUGGAAUUGUAAAGUUUAGCCUGAUAUUUGCUAGUUAAUUUAACGUUGAACAUUUUAAAUCCCUCUCAGUAGAAGUAACCAAUUCCUACCGGUCAGUGUCUGACUUUCCAGGUGUUUUACUGUGCAUAAAAGUCAGUAAUGUUUCAAUUAUGGUAUUGACUACAAAUAUCACAAGCCCCUGUUCGGCGAUGAUCAGAGGAGGGACAUUUGAAGAGUUCAUUUAAAAUCAGUUAAGAAGAAAGAAGAUUACAUUCCACAAUCUGUUGCCUAGCGAAAGCACCAGGCAGAAUCAGAACCAUCUGAGUAAGUCAAUAAAAGAACAAAAUAGAGCCUUGUUUCCCUCACUCCUGAAAAAUUAAAUCGCUUCGAGAAGGAGAUUUUUUGGAUGCCUGUUGGGAAACCAGGGAAGCUGUGGUAGAAAGUAACAUUCAAGAUUUUGGAAAUUGGAGAGGGUACAGUGUGUUUUGUUUCUGUAAUGUACUUUGUAAACUUCAGGGCUGUCUGGGUACACUGUGAGAAGUCGCUGACCAAUUACAGUCUUAAGGUUACCUCUUAAAUAUCCUGAGAAAGAGACUUUUGAAACACGGUGCAGAUGUGGUAGUCUGUACUGUCCUCAUUAUCUUAGCAGAGUGUGAAAGAUGUGAACAGGAAAGAUAAAUGAGGAACUUAGCUAAAACUUAAGGCAAAUCAGCAACAGCAGGGGAUGCUUAUAGGUUGUUUUUUUUUUCUGCACUUGCUUAAAUAUAGUAAGAAAAAAAGUCUACCUGCACCUGCAGAGAGAGAGAAGCUCUGUCAUUUUAUUUCGCCCAGUUUGUUAAGUUCAGCAGCUUUUCUAACUUCUGCCAUUCUCUUUUUUUCUGUAUCACAAGGAUUUUGAAAACCUGCUGCAAAGUUUUUGGCCAGAUAAGAAUUUGUACCAGCUGGAUCCGUCCCUCUUUUAGCUCUUAUGUCCUCAGUGUACUUCCACAAAACCUUCGUGAAAUGUAUCAGUUUCUUUAUGAAGAAGUCUGCUAAUUGACUUUGGUCUGCAGUGCAUUCAAAGGAGAUAGCAUGAGUGUAUCUCUGUAAGCUAAAGUGUCUAAAAAUGUAGUUAGAUUUCUCAUCUGAUCUGAUCUUCAGAUGGAGGGUUCCUGCACAAGUGGCUUCUGUCUGUUCCUUUGGAUGAUCCUAAGGAUUUGGAUGUUUUCAGCUUGUUAAUUUGACAGGUAGUCACAGUUCAGCUGUUUCCUGCAGGGGCCAACAAAUAGUCUUAGAGUCAGGAAACCUCCAAGAAUGGAGAUAAAAUCUAAAUGCAGAAGUUGUGCUGUGCUUUACCAUCUCACAACCCUCGGGGGAGUGGCUUCCUUAGCUACACAGCGCCAGUACAAAACUGUGCCUCUGUGCCAGCACAAAGGCCUGUGGUGUUACAGUUGCUUUCACCUCAGAAACCUGAAAUAUUUAUUCCAGUAUAAAUGCCUGGAAACCAGGACUGGAAACACUAGGAAUACAGGGAAGUACCUACUAAUUUUCCUAGUUACUUCCUUGUGGAAAAUAAAAAGUGUACAGUAGAAACUUGGUAAACACGUGUAUCUGCAAAGAAAUUCCCAAAUUACCCGAGUCAGUGGUGUUUGGUUGUACAGUUGAGCUAACUGCUGAAAGCUGCUGCAAAAAGAUAGCGAUAGCUCUGAAGCUUCACUGUUGUUCAUUUGAACUAAACAGAAAACUCAGUUGUGUGUUUCUUCAAAGAAAGAAUUGCUUUAUGUGCAGAUCCUGUAUCCAUUAAUACUGCUUCCUCUUCAUUUCUCUGCGUUUGUAUUUGCUAAAUUGAAGCACAGUGAAGCUUGCAGAGACUGUUAAGUGCUGCUACAGUCAGAACUGAUCAGCAGUCCCAUUGGUCUGCAGUGUGCAGCUGGCAGAGAAUUCCCAACUUGUGUAGUUGGGAGAAGCGCUGAUGAACUGGGGAGCGUACUUAAGAGACACUGCAAUGGAUGAAUAUUUCAUGUCUUUUUCGGUUUGAUACCUUCUCUGCAGUCAUUGUGAUUGCUGUAGAACCCUGGCUGUGGGGAACAGCUGUCACUAACCCAGUUCCUGCUGGGACAAAUUGUGCUGUCCUGCUUUGGGCAUUCUUUUCCAGCUGCCUUGUGUGAUCUCCAUAUUGAAGAAAAAAAAAAAAAAACAGCUCUUAAAAAUGUCUGAUUAGUCACAGCAAUGAUGUUGCUGUUUGCAAGCACUCACUUUUGGGAUUUUCCUUCAGAAACAGUUUAAUUCUCCUAUUAAAUCUGCCUUGGCAAAAGGUAAAACGUGAGCAUACAGCACAGCUGACUUCUCCGUUUGCGAUCUAAAGUUUUUCUUCCUUAGCACAUAUUCUUUUGUGCAGAGCAGCCCUGGAAACACUCGCUGCUCCAUACAGUACCAAGGAGAUGGGUAAUUCGGGGGCCUGCACUCUUGGCCAUAUUGCACUCUCAGAGUAAAUUUUAUUUUUGAAUUCUGUUUUCUGGCUUAAUGUUAUUUUUAACAGCCAGGGAGGUUUGUUGUUUGUUUGUUCUUGUCUUUUGCUUUCUUUUUUAAAAGUGUGCCUUACAAAUAAGGGAGCGGAGUGAUGGGGUAUUGGCAUCUGUCUCAUUUCCUAUUGGAGCAGCUGCUGGGGACACGUGCAGUGUGGGGCAGACCAAGACCCAGCUGAGAGCAACGUUUGGUCUGAUGUGCUGGAACCUUUGGGUUUGUCACCAUGCAGUCACUCUGCGCUGACUGUAAGCUGUCGGCUGCUCUCCUCUUUGUGGCAGAUAACCAUUGCCCGUCCUCGUGUAGCGGUGCAAAAGUUGGCAACGUUGUGGCAUGAAAGUGGACUCUUGUUCUUACUUGGUGAGGUCUUUGAGAUCAUUAUUUAAUAUUGUACACAUUUUAAUCAUUAAUUUAUUGCAGUUUGUAAAUAUUCUUGUGCUUAUAGUUAGUGUUGUGAGCUUUAAUUUAUUGGAUUGGUCUGUUGGUACCUGUACAGAUAAACACAUGCUUAGUAAGUCACAGCUACAAGAAGGAUAUUUAGGGAAUUGUAGCAUUAAAACAGAGAUGCAGACUAUAUUCAGGUGGAGAGAUGGAAGACGUAUGCCUUUGUUCUCAUUUUUCCUUCCCUUAAAACCAUCUCAGUGUUGAAACUGUAAAAUGCUCACUGAGUAGAGAGGAAAGCUGAUGCGACAUGAGCACAGGGAAACUGCUUGGGUGGUGGUUUCUGUAGGAAUGCUUUUGUCUCCCACUGCAGCCACACACUGCUCUGUGGUGCUGUUAACGUCGGAGGGCAGGUCUGGAAGGUGGCCAGAACUGAUCAGUUGUAGUGAAUGUCUCUGGUGGGCAGUGCUUGCUCUCACAUUUGGGAAGGUCACCAAGGGAGACGAGGGAACCAACAGAACUGAGAAGGGCCCGGUUCUGGUCACUGUCUCUGGGCUUCAAGUAGGCAGAAACUGGGUACAACUGCUGCAAGAACUCACAGUUGUUGUUGGUUUUUUGUUUUUUUUUUUUUUUAAAUAGAGUGCAAGAAAACCAUUUUUGGAUUAGGUGCUUUUUUCCCUUUAGCUAAGAAUGCUAAGUGUGUAGUGAAAUACUGAAGCAGCUGCCAAAGCUGCUUUGGUUCAGCAUCUGAUACUGAGAAAUGCUGGGGCUGGUGAGUGGUAAAUUAACUGAGAACCUUUAAUGCUGGAUCUUCAGCUCUAUUACAACAGAAGUCCGUUGCCUUUAUCUGUUAGAAGUGUGUGGGAGUGAAGCAGGUAGCUGGGUUGCUGGUGGUAGCGAGUGUUUGUGCUGCAAAGGUUGGCUUUGUAGAGCAGCUCCUAUGGAGUGUUGUCCGUUUGUGGCACUGAGCAGUGUGAUCUCUGCCACGCUGAGUCUCUGGCUGUAGCUGCAGUGAGGAGGCUGAUUUACAGAGGGUGAAGAUGCUACAAAACGUAACUGGUGAGGUGUUGCAUUUAUUUCUAACAGCCUGGAACAACUUUGUCACUGAGUUCCAAUUCCCUUAUGUUUGUUUAGAUGUCACUCUGAAAUUAUUUCUGUAUGCAUGUGAAACUACAUGGAGGGAGGUCUUAAGUCUCCUUUUUUCCCCUACAAGACCAACGUGAGGACAAAAAGCAGUUCCUCAUUCUUAGAGAAAGCACCAACAAGAAUAAUUUUCAGUAAACCAUGUUCUUACAGGAGGGAGAGUAGAAAAUUAUUAGAAGCAUAACGAAACAACAAAGUGAGGUGAAUAAAUGAAUCAGGGUUGGGUUGAAACAUUCUUUCUCGUCUUAACCAGAAGUUGCUGUUGUGUUUAUCCCAGGCAGAGGAGAUGCUUUGCUGUGCAUCACAGCCUAAAGGAAGGGCAGGUGAUGCUGUGUCAUGUGACAGUGGAAAAGAGGUUUGAGCACAUGCACUUGUAAGUGACCUGCAGGGCAGCACAGCUCCUGCCUGCCUCCAGCUCUGCUCACUGUCUUUGUUACUCACAGUGCAGGCAGGGGUGCAUGGGGGCUCUUGGGGGAAUAUUUGAGGGUUGCGUCUUGCAGUCUUGCUUCCAACUAACGUAUACUUGCUUACCACAGGUGCACUGAAAAAGAGAAUGUCUUUCUGUGGCUUAUAUUGUAUGUGUAAAAGUUGUUGUUGACACUUUAGGAAGUGUUGUCUCCUGUUUCGCUAGAUGUUGCUUUCAGGGGGCAGUUUUUGUUUUUGAGCUAAAUUAAUGGCAGUCACCAUCCCGAUAUAACACCUAAAAUAUCAAAUGGCAUUUACCAAAGCAGAGUCUUACUUUGUUGUCUGACUUUGCAGAGCUGAAAUCACUACUAAGUAGACAGCUGAGUGUGAAUUUACAAACUAUGCAAUUUUGCCACUUGUGUAGGCUGCCCCCUUGACUUACUGGGUGUACUUCUGUCUGAUCAUUCAGUAAGGUACAGCUCUCCACUCACAUUGCACAGAGUAUAGUUACAUUUACGAGAAGAAUUUCCAACAUGUACUACAUUUGUGUUUCAAGUUUUUCCUUUCCUGGGGAAAUGUAAAUUUUAUCUGUUUAAAAGCUUGAAAUAAAAAUGUUUAUAUCUUCGCA